CUCCACGCCCCAUUUGGCUCCUUCGGGGCGGCGGAGGGGGGCUUGCAGGCGACUCUUGGCAAUCUCAGGGUCCUGCUCGCCUUUGUUUUCUUCCUUCCUUCCCAACUGGACCUCUCCUCCUCCUCCUCCUCGGCCUCGGCCAAGCCAAGUCUGUCCCCUUGGAAGAGCAGUGAUGGCGCUAAACGAACAGGAGGAAUACACCUAUUUAUAUAAAGAUCUUUCCCAUCCUGUUGAUUUUUUGGAUGCAUUCAGAAUAUUCUACUUGGAAGGAUUAUUCACUGAUGUCACUCUUCAGUGUGCAACUGGUGUGGUUUUCCAUUGCCAUAAAGCUGUGCUAGCUGCUUGCAGCAACUAUUUCAAGGCCAUGUUCACCUCUGACAUGAAAGAAAAAUCGAAGAAUCAGAUCACAAUUUCUGGGCUCAGUCCCCCAGUACUGGAAUCUCUGGUGAUUUAUGCAUAUACAUCAGAGAUCAAUAUAACAAAGAGAAAUGUCCAAAGUCUCCUUCAAGCUGCAGAUCGCCUUCAGUUUAUCUCAAUUAAGAAAGCCUGUGAAAAGUUUCUGAUAAGGCACUUGGAAAUUGACAACUGUUUAGGGAUGCAUUCCUUUGCAGAAUACCAUGUCUGUUCAGAGCUAGAGAAGGAAUCUAGAAGGAUAUUGUUAUCUAGGUUUGAAGAAGUGUGGCAGCAGGAAGAAUUUCUGGAAAUCAGUAGUGAGAAAUUCCAGUUUAUUCUCUCCAGAAAGAAUAUCAGCUUUUGGAAAGAAGAAAUCACAUUCGAGCCCAUUAUUAAAUGGAUUGCCCAUGAUCUGGAGCAAAGAACAGAGUGUAUUUAUGAUUUAUUAAACUGUCUUGGAGCAGAUUUUGAUGAAAUGUAUUUGAGAUCAGCCUUAAGUAUGUACAAGAAAUGCCGAUUAACCAAAAAUAAAAUCAGGUCUCUGAUACACCAUGCACUAAACCCAAACCCCAAAACAAGUUCUACAAGGUCUACAGCUGUCAUGUAUGUAAUUGGUGGGUAUUACUGGCACCCUUUAUCUGAGGUGCAUGCAUGGGAUCCGCUAACCAAUGCAUGGAUCCAGGGAGCAGACAUGCCAGAGCAUGCAAGGGAGAGCUACGCUGUCACUAGUCUAGGACCCAACAUUUAUGUGACAGGUGGAUACAGAACAGACAACAUUGAAGCACUUGAUGCAAUGUGGAUUUACAACUGUGAAGCUGAUGAAUGGACUGAAGGCUGUCCCAUGCUGAAUGCACGGUACUACCAUUGUGCAGUGACCCUGGGUGGCUGCAUCUAUGCUUUGGGAGGUUACAGAAAAGGCGCUCCAACUGAAGAAGCUGAAUUCUAUGACCCUUUGAAAAAGAAAUGGGUCCCUAUUGCAAAUAUGAUUAAAGGGGUUGGAAACGCCACCGCUUGUGUCUUGAGUGAAGUAAUCUAUGUCACCGGAGGCCACUAUGGUUAUCGAGGAAGCUGCACAUAUGACAAAGUUCAGAGCUAUCAAUCUGACAGUAAUCAAUGGAGUAUCAUCACCACCAGUCCAUAUCCAGAAUAUGGAUUGUGUUCAACUGCAUUGGAAAGCAAGCUGUACCUUGUGGGUGGACAGACCACAAUCACAGAUUGCUAUGACCCAGAGCAAAAUGAGUGGAAACAGAAGGCUGAUAUGAUCGAAAGGAGAAUGGAGUGUGGUGCUGUUGUCAUUAAUGGAUGCAUCUACGUCACAGGAGGCUAUUCUUCUUCCAAGGGGUCCUAUUUACAGAAUAUUGAGAAAUACGAUCCAGAAUGUAAUAAAUGGGAAAUUGUGGGCAAUCUCCCUAUGGCUAUGCGUUCACAUGGUUGCGUCUGUGUGUACAAUGUGUAACCAGACAAAAUGACACAUUUUUGUCAAGAAGAAAAUGUCCAAGAGCCUAAAAUUAAAGAAAGGUGACAUGACACUUGUAUGGGACUUGGUCUAUGGAAGAAACAUGUCUUCCAAUCAUGAUGUAACACUGCUCAAAUUGUCUUUUAUUGACUUGGAAACUUGAGACCUACCUAAAAGUCUAUUAAUAUAUAGAUUACUACUUUGGGGAGUUAUUAUUUCUGGUUUCUCACUUUUUAAGUGCCUGUAUGUUCUGAUUGUUGCUAGAUACUGGCCAAAACAACUACUGGGUUCUGAUUUAGUAAAGGAAAAUCAGCCAUUGCACUUUGGUGCUACUCUGGAUAUUUUCUCACCAAAUAUGAUGUAAACUCUUCCAUUCUCUCACAAGAGUGUUAAUAAAUCCAGACUUUUUCUGUUAUAGUAUUCAACAUACUUUUCCCUCUUUAUUGCUGGCUUUUUGUUGUCAGCAAUAAAAAAAGAGUAUUUUAUUUCAUAUCCUGAGAAAGCUCCCGAGAUGUUGAAAAGCUCACUUCUUGGUGAGCGUUGCAUUGGUUGUUAACAAACCCACUGUGGUAUUGUUUCUAUCAAAACAGUAUUAUUUCUUUAAAGUUUUGUCUAAUAGAGACAAUAUGCCUGUACCAGUUUUCCCCAGCCAUAAAUGUUGUGCUAUAUUUUGUGAUACUACUGUAUACAAACAGCAAUAUGUGAUGGCUGUACAGCACAUAAUUCGUUUGUGCAUAUUGUGAAGCUGCUUAGCUCAUGAACAGUAAACUUGAAUGAUGUGAAUGAUGUGUUCCUUUUUGGAAAAAAUGUUAACCAUAAAAGUAUUAUUUAAUAUUUGCACAUUAUUUUGUAGUUAAUGUUUGUUUUUGAACUGCCAUCAAGGAAAAUGAUUUUAAUUUAACUAUU